AUGUUAUCCGCGUCAACCGUGCCAACCGAUACGUCUAUGGCCUUGGUCCCGGAAUAUUUAAAAAAUGUGCCAUUUCCUCCUAAACAUUUGGACCUGGAGCAGAUCCUGAAUACGAAACCUCAUCGCUCUAAAUUAGCCUCUUACAGAAAUGCGCAUAUACGAAAACGCACUAUCAAUGCCUUCCUAUUGUAUCGUAAAGAAUGUAACGAGUAUCUUAAAAAAGAUAAAAACGUUAACCCAAGACAAAAAUUAUUGUCUCCUUUAAUUGCUAAAUUUUGGAAGAAGCAACCCGAAGCGAUUAAAAUUUAUUAUGAAGAUCUUGCCAUACGGGCAAAGAAACUUCAUAAAGAAAUGUCACCUCAAAUUCAAAUUCGUCAUUUUGAUCCUAAAUCUAUGAAUAAUGGAAAAUCUAUUAAGAAUAAAAAUCAUUAUAUGCAAACUGACGAAUUUAUUACCAGUCCGACUUCUUCAAACGAUGAUGACUCUGUUACUUUUGUUGAAAUGCAAAAACCCGUCACGCAAUUAGCUACGAUUCAUGAUUCGUCUUUUCAGGAACAAUUAUGUGGUUUUUAUCAUUCUUCUUUAACUUACAACCAAAAUUUAUAUAUUUAUCAUUUGUGUAAAUUGAGUCUUAAUGGUUUUAAUGCGUAA